CCCAAGUGUCCUGGCACCCAACCCCUCCCCCUUCACCUGGGCCUGCACCUGGAUGCAGAUCUCAGAUGUCCCAUACUCAAGUUACUUGCUGAGGUGAGGACAGAGCCAGGGACAGCUCCCACCGGCAUGGAGACCUCAAGCCCUACAAGCUCCCCAGACACUGGCAGCCACGACAGGCUUACGAGGGGCAUUCACAUCUUCAGCAUGAUCAUCUACAGCAUUGCCUUCUUGCUGGGUGUGACGGGAAAUGGGCUGGUGAUUUGGGUCACAGGCUUCCACAUGAAGCGAACAGUCAACACUGUGUGGUUCCUCAACUUGGCCAUCGCAGAUUUUAUCUUCACCUUCUUCCUCCCCUUGAGCAUCACCAGCAUAGCUAUGCACUUCCACUGGCCAUUUGGGAGAGCCCUCUGCAAACUCAAUGGGGGAUUGGCUUCCCUCAACCUUUAUGCCAGUGUCUUCUUCCUCACAGUCAUCAGCCUGGACCGUUGUGUCUGCGUGGUGUUUCCUGUGUGGACACAGAACCAUCGUCAGCCCCGCCUAGCCUCACUGGUGGCCUUGGGCAUCUGGAUCCUGUCCUUGAUCCUUUGCAUGCCCUACUGGUACUUCCGGGAGAUAGAUCAUGAUGACUCCAAGAAUGUCACCUACUGCUAUAAGGAGUUUGACACAACUGGUGAGGCGGCCACGGAGGAGGAGUGGAAGCGGGUGAUCACCUCCAACAGCCGAGCUACUGUCAUCAUCCGCUUCAUCUUUAGCUUCAUCAUCCCCUUCUACAUCAUUGUCAUCUGCUACGGGGUCAUCGUGGCCAAGCUCCUCACCAGCCAACUGGCACUCUCCAGCAAGCCCUUCAAGAUUAUUGCUGUGGUGAUCGUGGUCUUCUUCCUCUGCUGGUUCCCCUUACAUGUCUUCUCCUUCCUUGAGAUGGAUGACCUGCCUAAGUUUAGGACAGCCGUCCACAUCGGCAUGCCAUUGGUUUCCAGCCUGGCCUUCGUCAACAGCUGCCUCAACCCCAUCCUCUAUGUUUUCAUGGCUCAUGACUUCAAAGAGAAGCUACGACACUCACUGUUCUUGGCCUUUGAGAAGGCCUUCACUGAGGAUGCCCCCAUAGUGGCUGUCCAGACUCAGUCCACCAUGAAGUCAGACUCCCAGACCUUAUAGACUCCUCCUCCAGGCCUCUCCCAUUCCCACUAUCUCUGGGGUAGGAAGAGAAGUUGUCAACCAAUAGACCUUCUCCUGCUGCUUCAUCUCUGUGUUCUCCUGCAGCUUAAUCUCCAUGGAGAUAGUAACAGUGGCCUGGUAGGAAUUGUCCUAGGUCUCAUCCUUGCUUUUCCAGGAAGAAACUUUGGUGUUGAACCUUUUCAGUUGACCAAUGGGCUCCAUCUGAAUGCUGAUGGAAUUUCUUACUACUAUUGGAUGUUUCUUCCAGCCCCAGCCCUUUCAAGCUACUUCCAGCCUCUACAUAUGCCCCUUUGAUGUUAUUCCAAUGUUUUGUUCAUUAGCUUGAUGAGACCCCAUGUUCUGUAUUAGGUGAAGUGAUUACCAUAUUUCCUGACAUAUAACCUGCAACUGUCCCUCAAAAUUAGCUACUCGUGGUGCAUUUGCUUGCAUAUUUCAUGGGCUUUACUGGCCAAUGGUUUCUCAUGUAAUGACCCAUCCUGGGAUCAGCUGCAUCAGAGGUGUAUUCUACCAGGCAGAGGAACUUUGUGGAGAAGCCUCUUUGGAGGCCUUGUUUCCUUUUUCCUUGAGAUGGGUUUGGGAUCCAUUAAGUCUUGUUAACUGUUGAUGGAAUAAAAGCAGUCAA